AAUGGAUGGACAUGACUGUGCUGCAGGGAAAUCAGUUGAUCUAAAUGUGAAAUCAGCAGGUAAAGAAGUUUAAAGUGACCACAGGCUGAGGCCAUUACCGGAAAUGACUGCCAUCUCAGGCUCACUGAUUCCAGCUCAGCUGACAUGGAAAGACUUCCUGAAGUCCUCCAGCACCCUAGUGGUGAGAGACAACAGUGGCGUCAGCCCUGACCAGAUCUAUCUCACCACCUUCCAGAGGGACUUUAGGACGUCUGGCCAGCUCCCCAAAUGCGACACCCUUCCUCGGCCGACGCCGGCCCAGAUGGGGCACACUGACCAGCGCAUCCUGGAGCGCGGCACGGCGUCUCUCUGCUCCUACACACAGCCACAGCUCCAGAGCAUCCGCCGCAUCCCAGCCUGGGCCAAGCUGGGCACUAACCUGCGGAUGCACGCGGACCAGCGCCAGGUCACGCUCCGCAGCACCCAGGCCGAGGGCUACCGGCCGCCCCCCCCCCACUCCGUGGCCCGGCUCAUACGCCACACGGCCGCCAUCCGGCUGAGUUCCCAUGACGACAGGCUGCCCGAGACCACCCACAGGGAGACCUUCCCCGCCCACACAGCGCAGCCUGUGGUCAGAGCUCCAGUCAGGCACCUCGGAGGAGAGAGGACUAUCCGAGGAGACCAAAGCAGGAUGAGCUUCAGCUCCCACCACAUGGAGGCCUUCCAGGGCAGAUGGUGCCCUCCCCCUGCUCUGAUGGAGAAGCAGUCCCGAUCGUCUCUGGUGAUGGGUGACCCUGAGAGGCUGGUGGAGAGGGAGACUACGCAGGCCGGCUCCUUCAGGCCCCCCGAGGCCCAGAGGCCGGUGGGAGUGAUGGAGCGACUAAAGGUCAAUCUUGGGGACGGAAAAAACCAAUGGGAGUCCACUACAGCUGACGCGUAUCGCGGGGGAAAAACAGAGUAUGUGCUCCACCGGAAGCUGAAUCGGACACUCAGCUCCGUGCCCAGGGGAGAUGUGGACGCGGAGCGGAACCGAGCCAGAAUGGCGUCCACCACGUACCAAUUCUUCUUCUCUGAGGGGAACCACAGCGAGGUUCCCACGCAUGCAGACGGGGCCAGCCUCAGAACCAGGAGUAACGUGCAGUUUGGUCGGCCCAGUUUUGGUCAGAUGUUCUACGGAACCUCCUCCAAAGAGGACUACCCGAGACGAGAGGGGGCCCGGGCCCAGCCCCACACACACCCCUCUGGACGUGUGCUCUCCGGCCUGGAACCAGAACCUGCUAUCACAACGGUGCAGAGAGACUUCCGUCCCUCAAACGGAAAAAGGCAGGAGCUGCCCCCCUCUCAAUUAAAACAGAUUAAAGAGAGUCACAUCAGUCCACCCUGUGAGAAGCACCACUUCAACACAACCCACAACGAGGCCUUUACAUCAUUUCCUCUGUCAAAAACAUCAGCAAUGAACCCACAGAGACUCCAGCACAGCUACGUUCCCCUGUAGAAACUCACACACACACACACACACACACACACACACACACACACUGUUACCUUUAAAACAAAUAAACACAUGUUGCUGCUCUUA